CGCGGCGCCGGCCCGGGCGGCAGUCGCUCGGAGGCACGCGGGCGGGUCGCGUCGCCCUGCGCUCUCUCGCUGCACCGCUGCAUCGCUGCGCUCGCGAACUCGCGACAAGGUACGCGACGCGACAUCACAUCGCACGCUGCACAUGUUACACUUCACACUUGUGCAUUUUUCAUUCAUCUCUUAGUAGUUUUUAAUUUAUUAUCGUACGCAUCCUAAUCCACGAAAGAACCUUCUCGGGCGCGCGCCUAUUACCGCAAAUUGUAUCCAAGAUUCGGUUAGAUUUUGAAAAUUACGUUUGAAACAAAUAAAAUGAAAUUGCUCGGGUGCGACCGUAUUUGGACACUGUAGUAGGUGAGACGAUCAGUAGUGUAUCAGUGCUUAGUUUCAGUCAUUCAAAGUGCCUAAGUUCAUCAGUCUGUACAUUCACGAACCAAUAGACGGUGUAGUGUAGUGAACUCAUUUAUGUAGAAUUUUCUUGUGAACUGAACUUUUACUGAAGGAAGAAGAUAGUGUUUUUGACUUCCAAGCGCUUCUGUGUUCACCGAUUAUGAUAUAAAGUGAUGGGGCGGAUUCCGCGCACGCGGCGCAGCGGAGCGGCAGGCGGCGCGCGCGCAGGCGGGCCGGAGGGCGCGGCGGGCGCGGCGGCGUAGCGCGGCGCGGUGGCGGGUGCGCGCGCGUCGGCGCCGGCGCAUGCACGCCACCGGCCACACGGACCGCUCGGGCGGCGGCGGCGGCGGCGGCUCCUGGCGCCUCCCGCCCGACGAGACCCUACAAGUCGCCGACCCCAAGUCCGCCAAGGAAGAGGACUUAUACCAAGGAGAUGGCCACAACUGGCGGAGCAUCAUAUUUUCUUUGAUGGUCAUCAGUUUUGUCAUAGCUGGUAUUGUCACAGCUAUUUAUCUAUUGGGGUAUGUGGACGAGUUACUGUACUGGUCGGGUCGUCGCAUGCGCCUGGACGAGUUCCUGCACGGGGACCUGACGGGCGAGCGGCUGCCGACCACGUGGGUGAGCUCGCACCAGCUCGUGUACCAGGCCGACGACGGCGGCUUGCUGGCGCUCGAUACCUUCAACAACACGCUCUCUGUUCUCGUCACCAAUCAUACAUUAAGGCAGCUAAAUGUGCGAGGCUACCAGUGCUCUCCGAACUUGCGCUACGUGCUCUUUCAACACAAUAUCAAAGAGGUUUACCGACGAACGUUUACUGCGCACUACACCGUUUAUGACGUCACAAAUGACCACCACAUCCCGUUGUUCGGCGAGGGUCAGCGCAGCUGGGAGUGGCAGCACGCGGCGUGGCUCGGCGAUGACGGCUCGCUGCUGCUGGCGGCCGACAACGAGGUGCUGGCCAGGCCCGGUCCGCCCGCCCGCCGAGCGCCCCUGCUACGGCUCACCACCGACGCCUCGCCUGGAGGAGUCUACAAUGGCGUGUCCGAUUUUCUCUAUCAAGAGGAGGUGACGAAAACGCCAUCGGCGACAUGGGGCUCCGCGGACGGGACUCUGGUGCUGUACGUGCAGUACGACGACCGCGCGGUCUCCGAGCUUCGCAUGCCUCGCAUCGCCGACAGCAUCGGCGGCGCGGGCGCGGCGCGGGCCGGCUUCCUGCAGCUGCCCACCAACAACGCCUCGGCGCACAUUGUCUUCCCCGACCAAGUCACUGUCAGAUAUCCCACGCCUGGCAGUUCGAUACCAAAGGUAAAGUUAUGGAUAGUAAGUGUUCAAAACGCAACCUCACCGCCGAGAUGGGAAGUGAGGCCUCCAAGUACGUUAGAUGGAAUAUUUAUGUUUUCCAGGGAAUAUUAUCUCAUAUCAGCCCAGUGGGUGGGCAAAGACAAUUCUCAUGUAGGUGUAGUGUGGAUGAAUCGAGCGCAAAACCUUACAGUUUAUAGCAGUUGUUAUGCUCCGAAUUGGACUUGCACGGAGACUCAUUCAGAAAAAGCGACAGAAGAGCCAUGGCUAGAGGUGCACCAACAGCCGGUGUACUCAGAGGACGGGAGUGCGUUCCUCCUCCUAGCCGCGGUGCAGGAGGGGGGAGGCCAGUACUACACGCACAUCAAACACGUGGACGUGCUGCGCCAGCGCAUGGCGGUACUCUCGCACGGGAAGGUCGAAGUCGCCGAGAUCCUGGCAUGGGACCAGGAGAACCAUUUAGUUUAUUAUUUAGGCAGUGCAGACAGGCCUGGUCAGAGACAGGUGUACGUAGUUAGAGACCCGAGCUACGGCGGCGGCAGUAACUCGGUGAAGGCGCGGGCGGAGCGCGAGGAGCCGCGGUGCCUGACGUGCGAGCUGGCGGUGUGGCCGGCGCGGCUGCACUACGCCAACUGUUCCUUCUGGCGCGCCACCUUCUCACCAGCGAGGCCGAGGCUGGGUAUCACGCACUACGUGCUCGAGUGCGGGGGACCCGGCCCGCCGCUUGCUGGACUGCACGACGCUAGGACUCAUAAGCUAGAGAGAAUAUUAUAUGACACGAGGCCUUAUAGAUCAGUACGACUACGCGAAUUAGCGCUGCCGACGCGGCGGUCCUUCGAGGUGGCGCUGGGCAGCGGCUCCAAAGCGCGGGUGCAGCUCCUACUGCCGCCGUCCUGGAGGGAGGAGCUAAGAGACGCUGCCUUCCCUGUGCUUGUUCAUGUCGACGGCAGGCCGGGCAGCCAGCAAGUGACUGAGGAGUUCCUUGUAGACUGGGGCUCGUACAUGUCGUCCCGCAAUGACGUGGUGUACGUCAAGUUGGACGUGGCGGGCGCCAGGGGACUGCCCAGAGCGCUGCUGCGAGGCCGCCUCGGAGGGGUGGAGGUCGCUGACCAGUUGGCUGUUAUUAGAUAUUUAUUAGAAACGUUCAAAUUCCUGGACGUGACGCGCGUGGCGGUGUGGGGCUGGGGCUACGGCGGCUACGUGACCGCCAUGCUGCUGGGCUCUCAGCAGUCUACCCUCAAGUGCGGCAUAGCUGUCUCGCCCAUCACUGACUGGCUGUACUAUAACGCGGCGUUCACGGAGCGCAUCCUGGGCCAGCCGUCAGUGAACUACAAGGGCUACGUGGAGGCGGACGCGUCGCAGCGCGCGCACCACGUGCCGGCGCACGCGCUGUACCUCGUGCACGGGCUCGCCGACCUGUCCGCGCCCUACCCGCACGCGCUGCAGCUCGCCAGGGCGCUCACUGAUGCUGGCGUGCUGUUUAGAUAUCAGGCGUACGCCGACGAAGGUCACGACCUAAAAGGGGUGAUCGAGCACGUGUACCGUUCCAUGGAGGACUACCUCCGCGAGUGCCUCUCCCUCGACCCCGAGGACACCAAGCUACCGCCGCCCGACAGAUAGGCCUCACUCUCCUAUUGUUAUCAUAAUUAUGUAAAUAUGUACAUGAGACAUAGUGCUUUAAUCAAAUGUGUUCCCCACGGUCGGCGGCGGACACCGCGCCGCCACUCCGUGCGAAACCUCUUGUGAUUAGUAUUAAGUACUUAUGAAAUUUGUUAUGAUGAAUAAAGUUGCAUGAAUUGGAUUACUAAAACACUAGUAUUAGUGAAAUAAUUAGGUUGAUUUUAUAAUAGAUAGAUACCAGACGACGGGCUACGAAAGUAAGAUAACUUCUUCGAAUUCAAUAUUUCCUCAUCGAAUCCAUGAUUCAGCUUCAGCACCAUUCGGCUAAACUAUCGUACUGUGUCUUUUGCUAGCUCCUAAGAGCCUAGAUAGGGAAUAAAUUGUAGACAUGGAUAAAUCUCGAUAGAUAUCAAACACUUUUGUAAGGUGACUACGUACUCGGUACGGUAGACAGCCACAGAUCGUCGUCACGACUACAACCCCGAGCUUGUUCUAUUAGGCUUUUAAUACUAUUUUCUACUGCGCCUUUACUAUCAAGCUUUUCUAUUUUAUCUCUUCCUAUAGAAGUGUCCACUUGUACUGUACAUAAUGUUUAUAUUACACCGUUAUGACAAAUGUUCAAUUUAUGUAACGAUAGCUGACUGACUGGAAUACAAACUCAAUUUUGUUACGUGUCGUCGAAUCUAUAAGUUUCGUGUGAUACUUUACAUGACCUUCCAUUCAGGUGGCUUCUGAAGGUAAAGAACCUCCUUUAUAUGUGAAGCCAACAAAAGUGAUUGAGGCCCACUGAAUGAAUGGUCACAUAUCGUACUUCGAUAAUUAUAAUUGUUGUUAAACACUUAAACUACGAAAUGAGGAGCUUAUCAUUUAGGGAAAAUUUACUAGGCCUUUUGAAAUUAAUGUUUACGUUACAGAUAUUUAAAAUGUUAUGUUUUGUAAAAUUAUAGCGCUGUUGAAAAUACCUCAUGCGACAAUGUACAUAUAAUAAUUCUAAUCAUAUGUAAUUUGAUAGAAUGAAACGCGUUUUAUAGUGACUUAUAAUGUUUAGAAAUGAAGUGACCUUGAUCAUCCCCUAACCUUAGCUGCUUUGGCUCCAUCACAUCAUCAUUUCCUAAUCUUCCUAGUCGAUAAGAGUCGGCCGGAGAGCGCCCCGAGCCAAACUCAGUCCCCAAACUUCGUAGUCAGUGGGCAUCACUUCACUGUACCACUCAAAACAUUUGAGUAGGUAUUAAGCUUGUACAAAAUAGUCUAUAAAUUGAGCUAGAAAAUUUGCCUUUCUGAUAGAUAUUUCAGUAACGCAGUCUCUAAGUUGAAUCAAGAUGUUUGAAGUUGUGAUGUCUAUGUAUGUACAUAGAAGACAAGAUGGAAGGUAGGGGUGUCGCUCGGCGGUCGUGGCGGCCGCGGCGACACCCAUUGUUGUUGAUUUCCGUAACUGUGACAUAAUUAGAUAAUUCAUUGUUGUUGUAUAGAGAUAAUAAACGUUUGCCGAUAUUGUUAAGUGUUAUCGGAUACCUGCAUAGACGCAUAUCGUACAUUCCAUGUUUGUGAAGACUGCCAAUUUGGUCUAAAUUUUACAAUCAUUGUACUAAUUAAAUACCUACGAUACGUCGAUGAGAUUAAUUUCAAUUGCCGUUAUGGUCUUAAGGAUGCUGUGAUUCUUCUAUUGCAUAAUUGUAACGAUAAUGGAUUAAAUUAUAUUAAAUAAAUAAAUCAUAAUGUCUGCAUCUGACAUUGCGUAGGGCCUAGUGAAAUCGAAUUCGUUGUAAUUAUUAAAAAUAAUUAUCAUAAGGUUAAUGUUAAUUUAGAUAUUUUGAGAAAUUCUUCCAUUAUAAAAUAAACAAUAUUGCUUUGUUCUCCAAUUAUGAAACUAAACAUAGACAAUAUAAUACGGGCUACGUGUACAUCACACACAUAUGAGAUUUUAUAGUUAGAUAAAAUACGAGAGAGUUCGGAAACCGGGUGCUUUAAAUUUUACAUCAUGUUGUACGUAUUGAUUUCAUUAGCGAAUGUUCUCUAGUUGUAGUCGCGAGGCGCUGCGCCGGCGCACCACGGCCGC